UGUGUUCCAAGUCAGAUCUGCCAAAUCAAUUCCAAAACCGUGAGUCAUUCGAGGACCAAACGUGGCCCGACUACUGGCAAAAAACACCGCAAAUAUUUUGCUGGAGGAGCAGAACUGGCUCAGCAGACAGGCAGCUUGGCUGGUGCUGCAAAAAGCAGCGACCACUUGUUCUCAGCCAACGCUGAGGGGCCAGAAAACAGGAAUAUAACAGGCAUGGAUCUCUUCACCACAUACCAAAACAGUGCGGCGUUUCUUUUUUUUUUUCCAGCAAGAACCAUAACAUUUCCAGGCGUCCCCCUUUCCUUUCAGAGGAAAGCAGCGCUGGAAAGGACCUCACACUGUCUGCUCUAGCUCGAGGCGGGAUGGCCCCUGACCAAACGACCCCGGCUAACCUGCUCCCUCGCUGUCCCUCUCUCCCCGUUGCUGUCUCUCCACGCUCUCUACUGCUUCAGUCGCCGCUGAACAGCUCCCCCUGGCUCGCAAGGCCGCUUUUUUUCCUCUCCCCUCCCUGCAGCUCCGCUUCCCCCGCGCCCUCAGCCCCGCUCCCUCGGAGCGCCGCGCGGGGCGGGGCAGGCGCCGCAGCCCCUCGGGGCGGGCGGGAAGCGGCCCACGUGGCUCGCUCCUUCCUUCCUUCCUCCCUCGUUCGCCGGUGCCGCCCAGUGCCGCUCGCUGGCCCCUCUGCCUGCGGGCCGGGGUAGCCCCGUGCUGCGCAGGAGGAGGGAGGACAGCUGUGGUGCCCGCCCCAGCAGCGCCCCCAGGGUGUCCUGGUGCCCGUGCUCUGGGUCAGCCACUGUGUGACCCCCUCACCCCCCAGCUGCCAGCCCAUGCCAGGGGGCCAGCAGGGGUGAGGGCUGCACUCCCCUCCAGCCAUGGGGACGGCCUCAUCCCUGGUGAGCCCAGCGGGUGGCGCCGGGGAGGUGAUCGAGGACACCUACGGCGGUGGCGGCGGCGAGGCCUGUGAGAUCCCAGUGGAGGUGAAGCCCAAAGCCCGCCUGCUGCGCAGCUCUUUGCGCCGGGUGGGCGCAUCACGGCCCGGGGGCCUCAUCGGGGCCAGCUUCAAAUCCAUGGCCUCGGUGCAGGAGCUGGAGUGUGCGGCCGAGUAUGAGCGCCUGAAGAAAGAGUACGAGAUCUUCCGCGUCAGCAAGAGCAAUGAGGUGGCCUCCAUGGUGAAGAAGGAAGCCAAGCUGGACAGGGAGAACAAGCGGCUUCGGGCAGAGCUCCAGGCUCUUCAGAAAACUUACCAAAAAAUACUUAGAGAGAAAGAAAGUGCUUUAGAAGCCAAAUACCAAGCCAUGGAAAGAGCUGCUACUUUUGAACACGACCGUGACAAAGUCAAGAGACAGUUCAAGAUUUUUAGAGAAACUAAGGAAAAUGAAAUUCAGGAUUUGCUGAGAGCUAAACGAGAACUGGAAGCCAAGCUUCAGAGACUGCAAGCCCAAGGGAUUCAAGUGUUUGAUCCUGAAGAGUCUGAUUCAGAUGACAAUUGCACAGAAAUUACAGCUACUGGGGCCCAAUCUGAAUACUGGACUGGUGGAGCAUUGGGAAGUGAGCCAUCUAUGGGCAGCAUGAUGCAACUUCAGCAGUCUUUCAGAGGGCCUGAGUUUGCUCACAGUUCUAUAGAUGUGGAAGGACCAUUUGCAAACAUAAACAGAGAUGACUGGGAUGCUGCUGUUGCCAGUUUAUUGCAGGUCACACCACUGUUUUCCCACUCUCUCUGGAGUAACACAGUAAGGUGUUAUAUCAUUAGUACAGAUGAGACUCAACCGGAGGUGGAUAUCUUCAUUAGGAACUACUCGCCAAAACUUCAAAGAAUCUGUGAAACAAAGGGGUACUUCUUUCAAGUGGUUCAUUUUCCAUCAGAAAAUCAGAGUCAAUUCAAGGAUGUGAGAAAAUGGGAAAUUGAAAAAAGUUUCUUAGUCAUUUUGCUCAUGAAGUCAACUUUGUCAAGCUGUUUGCUGGACGACUGUGAAGAAGCCUUCUUGAAAAAUCCUGAAGGAAAACCCCGUUUGAUUUACCGCAGAAUAGAAGAAGGCACGGUCGGCUCGGAUUCUGUGCAGCAGUUAAUCGAGCAAGUUUGUUACGUGAACAAAGCAAAGAUCAUUGAUCACAUGGGAGAAGUAGACGAAGGAGCAUAUGAAAUCGCUAACUGUGUGGAAAAGAUCAUUAAGCAGGAUAUACUGGGCUAUGAAAACACAGAACUGGAAGGGAAGGAUUUGGGGAAUAAAGAGGAGUCCACUGCUUCUGAAGAAGAUGAUUUUGGUGAUGUACUUUGGGAUGCACAUGAUGAACAAGAACAGAUGGAAGCUUUCCAGCAGGCUUCUAGUUCAACUUGUGAGCUUGGAUUUGAGAAAUAUUAUGAACGUCUGAAUGAUCUAGUGGCAGCACCAGCACCUAUUCCACCUCUCCUUGUGUCAGGAGGACCAGGCUCUGGGAAAUCUCUCCUUCUAUCAAAAUGGAUUCAGUUACAGCAGAAGCAUUCGCCAAACACUCUAAUUCUUUAUCACUUUGUUGGGAGGCCCAUGUCUACCAGUUCGGAAUCUGCACUGAUAAUUAAACGGCUUACUCUAAAGCUGAUGCAGCAUUCUUGGUUAGUAUCACCUUUAACACUGGAUCCCUCAAAACUCUUGGAAGAGUUUCCUCGUUGGCUGGAAAAACUUUCUGCUCGUCACCAAGGCAGUAUUAUCAUAAUUAUUGAUUCUGUUGAUCAGAUACAGCAAGCUGAAAAGCAUAUGAAAUGGCUGAUAGAUCCCCUACCAGUGAACGUCAGAGUAAUUGUAUCUGUGAACGUAGAAACUUGUCCACAGGCAUGGAGGUUGUGGCCAACUCUUCAUCUUGAUCCAUUGAAUUCUAAAGAUGUGAAAUCUCUUAUUAAUGCAGAGUGCAGCUCUGCAAACAUUAAAUUAACUAAAGAGCAGGAGAAGAAGCUUGAGAGACAUUGUCGUUCUGCUACAACUUGCAAUGCUUUGUAUGUCACACUUUUGGGUAAAAUGAUUGCUUGUGCUGGAAGUGAAGGAAAUAUUGAUGAAACCCUUCAACAGUGUUUCCAGUGUCAAGAUACAGUGUCCCUGUAUAGGCUUGUUCUGCGAUCAGUUCAGGAGUCUCUGCCAAAUGAUAUGGACAAAGACCUUAUGAGAGAGGUUCUCUGUCUCAUCACUGUCAGCCACAAUGGAGUGAGCGAGUUGGAAGUGAUGGAACUUUAUCCUGAACUGUCCUCUGCGUUGCUAGCCUCCUUAGUUCACAGUCUGCACAAGAUGUGCUUGCUGACAUAUGGCUGUGGUUUGCUAAAGUUUCGGCACCUCCAGGCUUGGGAAAUGGUGAGAUUAGAAUACAUGGAAGAAGGUCAAAAUAUUUCUUCAUAUAGACAAAAGCUGAUAGACUACUUUGCAAUGCAGCUAAGCCAAGACCGAGUGACUUGGAGAAGUGCAGAUGAACUUCCCUGGCUUUUCCAACUUCAAGGUGACAAGCAGAAGCUACACAAAUGUUUGCUGAAUCUCUUUGUAUCCCAAAACCUUUACAAAAGGGGGCAUUUUGCAGAAUUGCUGAGUUACUGGCAACUUGUUGGGAAAGAUAAGAGCUCCAUGGCAGCAGAAUAUUUUAACUCUCUAAAGGAAUAUGAAAAAAGCUGUGAGGGAGAGAAAAGUAUGCUCUGUCUGGCUGAUCUUUAUGAGACUCUAGGCCGGUUUCUUAAGGACCUAGGCCUUCUCAGUCAGGCUGUUGCACCCCUUCAGCGUUCUCUGGAGAUCCGAGAGACUGCGCUGGAUCCAGAUCACCCAAGAGUAGCCCAGUCCCUUCAUCAGUUAGCAGGAGUUUACAUGCAGUGGAAGAAGUUUGGAAAUGCUGAGCCAUUAUAUAAACAGGCUCUGGAAAUCUCUGAAAAUGCUUAUGGAGCUGAACACCCCAGAGUUGCUCGUGAACUUGAUGCACUUGCAACGCUGUACCAAAAACAAAACAAAUAUGAGCAAGCUGAACAGCUGAGGAAGAAAUCCUUUAAAAUACGACAAAAAGCAGCAAGGCGGAAAGGCAGUUCGUGUGGAUUUGCUCUUCUUCGUCAACGAGCCCUUCAGUUGGAAGAGCUUACCUUAGGCAAAGACACACCGGAUAAUGCACGAACCCUCAACGAGCUCGGAGUUCUCUACUAUCUGCAGAAUAACCUGGAGACAGCAGAACUUUUUCUGAAGCGCUCCCUGGAGAUGAGAGAACGGGUGUUAGGACCAGACCACCCAGACUGUGCACAAUCCUUAAACAAUCUGGCAGCUCUGUACAAUGAGAAGAAACACUACGAUAAAGCUGAGGAACUCUAUGAAAGGGCUUUAGACAUUAGGAGGAGAGCACUAGCCCCUGAUCAUCCCUCCCUGGCUUACACUGUGAAACACCUUGCGGUACUCUAUAAAAAGAUGGGAAAACUUGACAAGGCUGUACCUCUAUACGAGUUGACUGUUGAAAUCCGGCAGAAGUCAUUUGGUCCAAAGCACCCUAGUGUAGCUACUGCCUUGGUAAACCUAGCUGUCCUUUAUUGUCAGAUGAAAAAGCGAACUGAAGCCUUACCUCUGUAUGAGCGUGCAUUAAAGAUUUACGAAGACAGCUUCGGUCGUAUGCAUCCUCGUGUGGGAGAAACGCUAAAAAACUUAGCUGUGCUAAGUUAUGAAGGUGGAGAUUUUGAGAAAGCAGCUGAACUGUACAAGAGAGCCAUGGAAAUAAAAGAAGCAGAGACUUCGUUGAUAGGAGGAAAAACUCCAUCCCGACACUCAUCCAGUGGAGACGCAUUCAGUUUAAAAAGUGCGUUAUCACCAAAUGUUUUCCUAGAACAUGGACAGAGGUGAUGCAAAAAGGCACAAAAAGGAACUGAAUACU